UAUGCGUGGUGAACAAUUACUUAUAUUUUAGUAUCGUGUUAUUUCUUUCAUUUACACCAGAAUUAUUUAAUUACAUUAACAUGAUAUACUUGCAAAUUCGUGCAUGCACGAGGUCAAAGAUAAAGCUUCGAUUGAAGGACAAACACGAGAACGAAGUUGACUUGGACGUUUCCUCCGACGACACAUUUGAAACGUUGCAGCAGCGGACGGAAUCUGAGAUUGGCUUGUCUCUCGACUUGAAGCAGUUCAGUCACUGCGGUCAGCAGAUAGACCCAAAGAGGAAUGUGUUUGAAUAUUUCAAAUGCCUUAAUGAUGGGGACGGCGAGCCAGCGGCCGGCCAGGAGCCCCUGGAGCAGCGGCCGGGCAGAGCCGGUGCGUCCCCCGCACUGGGCCCCAGCGCGGAUGAAUUCCUGACGACUGACCCUGGAGGGGGUGAAGCAUUGUUCACCGAGACAGAUGGUUCUGUGAGAGAGAGCAUCGCAGACUCUGAAGUGCACGCUGACGCCUCUGACGGGGAAGCUCUGGCGGACCUGAGCGACGGCAGCGACGUGGCGAUGGAGGUCGUGGAGGACUGCGGGCAGCUUCUGCAGGACGACAGCAGUGGCUUGUCGAUGGCGGACAUGAAGAGCAAGUACCUGGGGGUGGAGUACGAGAUGGGUGCCCUGGAGGUGAACGGGGGACCCGCCUCCGGGUUUCUGCGGGACGACAGCUGCUACCAGGACCGGGAGGACGCUGUCAGGACAGGCGGGACUGCCGUGCCAUCGAGCAGGGAUGGUGAAGAACAGGGGAAGGUGAAGGCGGAGUCUCCGGCCACGGGAGACGAGGUCGACGAGGGUGGCACUCGAGUCCGCGACGUCGCCGAUGAAGCCUCCGAUGAAAAGGAUGUGUCGGAGGGGCAGAGCACAGACGAAAGCAGCAGCGAUUCCGACAGUUUCGGAGAAGUCCCGGAGGAAGUGAACUUGGUACAGUUGUGUCGACUCUGUGGGCAGGAGAAGAGCAGUAUGGUGUUCAUAUUCGGGGAUGAGGGCAUCAACUUGUGCCUCAAAGAGAAAAUAAACUCCUGGCUGCCCCUGAACGUGAGGAGAACCGACCAGUUCCCGAAGCAAGUGUGCGACGACUGCGUGGACAAGGUGAUCAUCUGCCAGGAGUUCGGGGUGCAGUGCCUGAGGGCACAGAAGUUCCUGCAGCGGCUCGUCAACAAGAACAAGUUCAGGUGUGUUGAUGAGAGUUCUGCAACUGCUCUUCGCAAAGCGGUCCACGGAAAUGCUGAACCUGAUGGGGACGGUGACGGCGCUCCUGAAGACGACGUCAAAGGUGGCGCUGGUAGCACAGCCGAGGACGGGAAAGUCUGCUGCCCGCUGUGCGUCACCGGCAACAUGGUCACCAAGUCCAGCGAGGGCGAGGAAGAAGACAGCGAUGUGUCGAGCACAGAGGAGGAGACGGAGAGCUUGAAAACCGAUUCGCUCGUGGUGCCGGACGAGGCUCCCAGCCCUGUUUUCACGGAGGACGUGAAGCCUCGCAGACUGCCUGCCGUCUGCGAAGACGGCACGUGGGACGAGGCGACCGUGGACUACGGCCAGAGCGCUGCGUUCGUGGAGACGGUGUACGACAGCGAGCCGGCCGGCGCCGCCCCGGGGCCCUGGCAGGCCAGCCAGCCGACGCCGUUCAGCAUGUUCCUCCCGAGGAGGGGUCGGCCGCGCGGCCGGCCGAGGGGCAGCAGGAGCCGCGGCACGCCCCGGGGUUCGGGGCUGGUUCGCGGCAGGGGCAGGGGCCGAGGCAGGGGGCGGGGUCGCGGGCGAGGCCGGGGGAGCCUUUCCCACUACGGCACGGGAGGCGCCGGGGACAUGAGCGUGUCUUGUUGCCUGUGCAAGACGCUUCUGGAGGGCGCCAGCGACGCCUUCCUGCACACGCUGCUGAGCCACAGCUCGGAGCCCGACUCCUACACCUGCAGCCUGUGUGGCGAGGGCGCCAGCGAUCGCAGCAGCGUCAUCGCGCACUUUCGCGAGGUGCACGCCUGCCGGGUGACCGAUUACGAGCGCUACGGAGAUGAGAUCACCCUGCUGUUCUACUGCUACGAUUGCAGCACCUCUUUCCGCUCCGAGAGGACGCUCCACACCCACAACUGCGACCAGGUGUUCGAAGGCAAAUGUCUGAAGUGCAGCAUCUGUGGUGUGAGCUUCAGAACCAAGGCUCGCUUGUACUUCCACCAGCAGUUCCACUGGGAUGAGACCCGGACCAUGCAUUGCGAGACGUGCAACCUCGAUUUCACGGACGAGGAGACCAUGUACGACCACUUCAAGUUCAGCCACAGGGGCGAGAAGUACGUGUGCAGCAUCUGCGGGACGCACUUCAACAGCAAGUCUGCGUUUCACUGCCACGGGCGCGUGCACACGAACAAGCGCAGGUUCAAAUGUGACGUUUGCUCCAAGCUGUUCUUCGACAAGCAGACGCUGAAGGAGCACAUCGUGUGCCACAUGGAGACCAGGCCUUACCAGUGCCACAUCUGCGGCAAGGACCUGAGUAGGAAUUCUCGUCUCAAGAGGCACCUGAAGGCCCACGAGUCGUACAACGCGCCUCCCCAAGACGUCUUCAAGUGUACGGUUUGCGAAGAAGUGUUCUCCAAUGAGGAGAAGGCGUUUGGACACACUCAGGAGACCAACUCCGAGUGCAAAGUGGGAGCUGACGCUCAGCACGAGUUUGUCGUGGAAUCUGUUGAUAAGGUGUAUAGGUGUGAGUUCUGCGAGAGGUGCUACUCCAUCCCCGGGGUGCUGAACAAGCACAGGCAGCUGCAUACCGGCGACCUGCCCUACAGGUGCCACGUCUGCGACGCCGCGUUCGUGUCGUAUGCCCGGUGCGCGACCCACAAGGUGACCCACGGCAUAUACCUGGAGACCGACGUCAACGAGUUCUCCGUCCCGAAGUACUUCCUGUGCGAGCACUGCGGUCGCUUCUACCUGCACUGGACCUACCUGUCCGUGCACAGGCGUGUUCGGCACGGACCCAUCAAGUACAUGUUCAAGUGCAAGAUCUGCGGGCAGGAGUUCUCGAACUCGUGGAGCCUGUCGUACCACCGCAAGCAGCACUACGUGCCGUACGAGGGGCGCAAGAGCAGGCGGGGCGGGGAGGCGCAGGGGGAGGCGCCCCUGGAGAGCAAGCCCUACGAGUGCGACAGCUGCGGCAAGCGCUACCUCUGCGAGCAGUCCCUCUUCAUGCACAAGAAGAACGUGCACUGCGAGGAGGAGUCGGGCAGCUACCAGUGCGACAAGUGCGGCAAGGUGUUCUCCCGCAAGAUGUACCUGGAGUCGCACCAGAAGACCCACGAGGGCGACAAGGACUACGUGUGCAAGAUGUGCGACAGCUCGUUCGUGCACAGCUCGAGCCUGACGACGCACAUCCGGCGCGUGCACAUCGGCCACAAGCCGUACGCCUGCGACCACUGCGGCAAGCGCUUCGUGCAGAAGAGCGACCUGACGGACCACGUGCGCAAGCACACGGGCGACAAGCCCUUCAGCUGCGAGUACUGCGAGAAGACCUUCCGCACGCGCGGCAUCUGGCUGGAGCACAGCAGGAUCCACAGGGACGAGCGGCCGUUCCCGUGCGACAUCUGCGGCGCGGCGUUCAGGCGCUCGUUCGCCCUGAAGAACCACCGCACCAUCCACACGGGCGUGCGGGCCUUCGUGUGCGAGGUGUGCGGCAAGUCGUUCCGGCUGAAGCAGAAGCUGACCAAGCACCUCAAGUUCCACCACCUGGACAGGGGCGAGGACCUGAAGCAGGACACGGACUCGGCGUAGGCCGCCCCAUCGCGACGUUGAACCCGCGAAAUUUUCCCAGUCCCUACCUCGAGGUAGGGACCUCCAGGAUAGUCUACACAGUCCUCUGUACACUCGGGCAAACAAAUAACGGCCAGUUCGUUGGCUGCUGACUUGUGAGUCGUCUCAACUGGUUUGCCCGUGAUUCGUCGCUUCUUUGGUUGAGUGUUGAUAAGUGUCGGCCGGCCAGUAGCAACCUGGUGCGCUGUUCCUGAACAGAGAGUCGCUCCCGUUCAGCGUGAAAUACGGCGAAACUCUCUUGAUGUGUUUCUCAAGGACUUGUUGAGUAUUACAAACAGACAAAAAAAAAAUCUUAGAAUGUUUCCAAUCAAAUGUGUACAUACAAAUGUUAGUUUUUAAAAAUAUAUUUUUGAAAUUGUAUAAUUAAUUAUAAUAAUAUUUUGCUAAUUUGUAAAAUGUUUUCGUGUGAUUUUUGUGUUUCAGUGCGAAGAAACGGCAAAUGCACAAGUGUUUGAAAAAUGUCGAGCUGAGCUUUGAGUAUUUGACUCUAGCCUAAUUUUAAAGGCCCAAAAAAACAUCAGCUACUUUUCAAAUACAGUAGACUCCUUAUUAUCCAGGUUGCAGGUUAUCUGGUUUGCAGAUUAACCAUGCCAUAUUUCACUUUCAUGAACCAUAGAAUAAAAAAAUAAUUUUUUAAAAUUUUUUUUUUUUUUCAAAAUUUAUUUUAUUAAUUAAUUUUUCAAAAAAAUAAAUAAAUAAAAAAUUAAAUUAAAUAUAAAUUAAUUAAUUAAAUAUAAUAAUUAAAUAUAAAUUAAUUUUUCAAAAAAAUAAUUUUUGGCUCUUUACUUUUAUGUGCGCACAACGGCAACAGCACUUGUGUAGCGUUAAAUACAAUGCAAUAAAUUAGCAAUGCAACUAAUUAAUAAUGUAAAGAAUCAGCAAACAAUAUUUUGCUUUUCCUUCGGUACUUAUUCGCUUCCUUCAUUGCAUGAUUAUUUCCGACAACGCUGAAGUGUUUAGCAAACAUUUAUAUUCUGCCAUCCUGCAUGUCAACAGCAGCUCUAGAGAGAAAAGCCAUAAGCUGUCAGGGCUAGCUUAUCUUGCGUCACUAGCAGCAAAUCAUAGUGGGCACGCAUUUAAUAAACAAGAGUUGGGAAUCACGUUAGCAGGUUGAAUAAGCUUUCUUGUAAUAUAAAACUGUAAGUUUAUGCUUUUUAAAUUCUUAUUGGAACUGAAAUAUAUCUCAUAUCAAUAAUAUUAUUGUUUUGUAACUCAGAAAUGUUGGUAGUUCCUACAUAGGAAAAAAAAUGUUGCGGCCCAAGCAAAACAAUGCAGUACCUGAAUUUUUAAUUUAAUUUUAGGUUGUUUAAUCGUUAAAUUUAUUCAACAUUUAUUUAAAUGUACUUCAAGUGUAAUUAGAUAUGUAUUAGAACUGUAAAUUAAUUGAACAGUAGUAGUGUCCUUUAUUCAAAUGGUAGUCAGCAAUCACAUUUACCUAUUUGGAAAACAAAUUAUUUUGAUUAAAAUAUUCUCUUAUGGAAAAAAGUAUGAAACUAGGGCUGUUUUGAUUAAUGCUCUGUUUUACUGAAACGAAUUAGGGCGUUACUUUGAGGGACGGGAGUUACAAUUUUUGUCUAUAUAGUGGGAAUAAAAAAUUUUAAUCAAGUUUUUUUUUGACAUCACUUUAACUGUGUUUAUUGGUUAUCUGUAAACUCCUUGUCAGUCAACACGCCGGCUAAUUAGGAGUCUACUGUACUUGAAGAUUGUGUGGACUGUAGGAUAGGUAAGGUUAGCUAUAUUAAAACUACUGUAAAUUUGUUUGAAUGGUUAUGUACAUUAAAAAUACUAUAAAAUAGUAAGUAAGUACUAA